AUGUCGACGGACCUUCUCUACGAAUAUUUCUAUCCUCCAUCCGACUACUUCAGAAGUCCCUUCGACGACAUCCCGUCCCCAGAAUCCUCCCCGUUGGACGUCGUUGAUUCGUCGUCGCCGUUUGAUUUGGAGCUCUGGAACGAUUCACCGCCGCCGCAGCCGUUGUCGCUUCAGAAGACGUCGCCGUCUCCGAAGCCACAUGUGAUGGCGUCGUCUGCUGCUGGCAAUCUGAGCUGCCACGUGUGCGCGUCUCCAACUGCGAAUACUUUGCACUUUGGCGGCCGAUCUUGUAAAGUGAGUUUUCCGAUUUUCUUAUGAUUCGCUUUGCACUUGCAUUCGCACUCAUAGACCGAAAACAAGAUUGUCAUUGUGUUCUUCAAAAGUCUGAAUGAUAAGUGGUGGCGCGAUCGAAAAACAAAACAAAUUCUGUGACGCUGGAGACUGAUAGUGAGACUGAGACUGAAGUGCAUUAUCAAGUUGUGUCUCUGCGGCCAAUAUGUUCCCAGUUCAAACAUGAUAUCUUGACACAACAUGUUAAAACAACAUGCUUCCUUUUUGUGUUUUCAGUGCAAUUUGCACAUUUUGACUGCCUAAACAGUCAUUUGUAGUGUAUUUGUGCACUGUAAAUAUAGUCUGUUCGUGCUUGUUUUCUGCCAGGAAAACAACCUCAUUUUGUGACCUGUGUCCGCAUUUUGUGUGUGGUCUUGCGUGUAGCCACGAUGAUAAACCUUCUGAUUCUAAUUGACAUCUCCACGCGAAUCCCUUGCUGAUGAGACGAUCGAAUCAAUCAAAGUACGGUUUUCAUUAGUAGUUCAAUCCUGAUCAACGUUUCGUAUAUAUGCUAGCACCGGGGUGAAUAAACAAAGAGAGUAACUGAUAACUGGCGUAUUGUUGCGCGUUUUGCGAGCACGAAAAGAAGGGGGUGAAUGAACUAUCUGCCUACGUCAGCGUUAAGAGUUCCGGCCCGGAAAACGUUUGUUUCAUAAUUUUCUUUGCAGGCAUGCGCGGCCUUUUUCCGGCGCAGUGUCGCCAUGUCGAUGACUUACGAAUGCAUCGGAUCACAGGACGAUUCCGUGCCGUGCAAAAUUCACUUCGAGCUGAGAAUGCUCUGUAGACACUGCCGGUUCAUCAAGUGCCUGGACGCUGGAAUGCGCCGAGAAUGUGAGUGCGAUUGACUUCCGAUCAGUCACAUGUUUUGGGCGGAACAUUCGACGGCAUCAAAACAGUUGAUUUGCAGUGGUACAAGCGAAAAAAGAGGAGGCGAGGGUGGCGAAACGACGGUCAAGGGGGCUGAUUGUAGCGAAGAAGAACGAGGUGGAAACCACGUAUGAGGAGUAUGUGAAUGCGUACAGUCAUGGUUAGUUGGGAGAGGGAGAAUGACUGUUUCCCAACUGUAAUCAAUUUUCAGAACCCACCCAGAAACCGGAGCCGGACACCCUCGACCUGACCAUUCCGGAGUCGUACUUGUCCCCGGAUGUCUCCGCUUCUUCCUCGCACCCAGUCGAAAUGUCCAUCUCACUCUCUCCGCCGUCGCCCGUUCCUUCUGCUCCGUCCAGUUUCCCAAUGAUUUCUCGGACGGUCUCGCAUUCCCCGCCAUUCGAUCCGCAACAAGCGAGUACCAGCCAAGGAAUGACUCAGUAUGUGCAGUAUUAUCCGAUUGUUGAGUUGGACACCAAAAUAUUCGAGUUGGUCGAUCACUAUGUGAGAACGGAAGCGUCUCUGAACGAUCGGAGGAAGAUCAUGUACACGGAUACGCAGAUUAGAGAUGUGUUCGACAUCACCUGCGAAUGCGUGAGUCCUUCUUUUAUGCUGCCCACAAAGCAAUCAAUUAUUUCAGCCGUACGAAAGUUACCAGCUGAAACCUUUCGACUACAAAACUUUUUGCGGUUUCGUGAAACACGACUUCGUAAUGAUUCUGGACUACGUGAAUCAGUUUCCAGAGUUCCAGUCAUUGAUGAAAAACGAGAAAAACGUGGUGUAUCGGAUGGCGUGUGCAGUUGAUUCCAUGAUCGGAUCCGCCUAUUAUACAUAUCGGUUAGUGCGUCUAGACGUUCGCAAAUAAUAAAUCUAAGUAUCUCUAGUGCUGGAAUCGAGAAAGAACGACUGGUUCUGUUCAACGGAGACUUCAUUUCUAUGAAUCCGAGACCGAUGAGCGGAGACGAACCAGGCGCAGAAGUACACUUUCAAAGCCCUGGAGACCACGAGAAAUACAAGUAAGCUUUGCUUUUAAAUGAUUGAUUAACCGAUUGAACUACAGAAUUCUGAUGCCGUUAAAGCUGAAACAAUACUUCGACAUGGCCGUGCCCUUCUCCCGGUUGGAAGUCUCUUUUGAAGAAUUUGUUCUCCUCAAAGCGCUCACAAUAUGGCACAUCAGCGAUUACGCAUUGACGGAAGACGGUCGUGCCAUUUGUGCUCGUCAACGGGACGCCAUUCUCCAGGCUCUGCACAAAGUGGUCGAGGAACGAGGCGACGAGGAUCCGGCCAUCCGAGUCGGCCAACUUCUGCUCAGCAUGAGCUACAUAACGGUCAGUUCUCCAGCUUUCGCACUUUAUUAUAAACUAAAGUAUUUUCAGGAGCUAGUGCAAGCAAUGACAAACGCGUACGUCCUACAAACGUUCUUCGGAAUCGUCUCUGCUGACAGUAUCAUGCGUGAUUUGCUCUUCAAAUACUCCUGA